AUGGCUUUCCUCUUAAAAGAUUCUCCAGAAUGCGCCAAAUCUGAACUCGAUUUAUUUACAUUACCUCCAACCCAAACAGUUAUAGAAAGAGGACAAUGGAUAGAAUUUCAUCCCCUUGCGAAUGUGUCGGAUGGAAGUCCUGUCGAAUUCAAUGUCGCGGGUAGUGGCGAUGACUAUUUGGAUUUAUCUCAAACUCAGUUAUACGUCAAAGUUAAAAUUUUGAAAAGCAAUGGCGGCUCUCUCGGAAAAGAUGAUAAAGUGGGACCCGUGAAUUUGUUUCUGCACUCCCUCUUUUCUCAAGUUGAUAUAAGCUUAAAUGAAAGACUUAUUUCCUCCAGCAAUAACACGUACCCUUACAGAGCCAUCAUAGAAAAAUUACUUAAUCAUGGUUUUGAUACGAAAACUUCUCAAUUAUCAUCAGAAUUAUAUUUUAAAGAUACAGCAGGCCGUAUGAAUGUUUUUGAUACUGCGGAUAAGCAACCUAAUGAGGGAUUCAAUAAAAGAGCAGAAGAAUUUAAACUUAGUGCUACAGUGGAUAUGAUUGGACGGCUACAUCUAGAUAUGUUUCAUCAAGAAAGACUUUUGUUGAACAUGGUCGAUAUGAAAAUUAAACUUAUCCGCAGCAAACCGGAAUUUUGUUUACUGGGGGAGGGGAAUUUUAAAGUGUCAUUGGAACAUGCCUCAUUAUUUGUACGCAAAGUUCGAGUCAGUCCAGGUGUAAUUUUAGGGCAUGCAAAAAGUUUAGAAAAAGCGACAGCGAAAUAUCCUAUCAACCGAGUGCUUUGCAAAGUGUAUUCCAUUCCAUCAGGAAAUAUGAGUUUUGUUCAAGAUAGUAUUUUUACGGGCCAGAUGCCUAAACGCUUAAUUGUUGCUUGUGUCGAUAAUGAUGCUUUCAACGGAAACUAUAAAAAAUCUCCCUUCGAAUUUAAGCACAAUCAUAUCAAUUUUAUUGGCAUUUACGUAGAUGGGCAACCUAUGCCUCACAAUCCUCUUCAACCUGAUUUCAUGAAUAAAACCUUUAUUCGUGCUUAUCAGAAUUUAUUUGCCAAUGCAGAAAACCGAGGAUUGUAUCUUUCGAGAUCAGAGUAUCCAGAAGGAUACUGCUUAUUUCUUUUCGAUCUAUCACCUGACUUGUGUGAUGGUUCUCACUUGAAUUUAGUCCGUCAUAGUAAUUUGAGACUGGAGGUAAAAUUCGGUUUCCCUCUGCCAAUAACAACAUCGUUAAUAGUCUAUGCAGAAUUUGAAAACUUAAUAGAAAUCAAUAAAUCUAGAAAUAUUAUCUACGAUUUUGGUAACUAA